AGAGAGAGAGAGAGAGAGAGAGACUACCCCAUCACAGGAGCUGAGGGGCGUGAGACUGUCGUUCCAGCACCCAGAACAGACUGCACACAGUCCAGAGGCCCAACGAUCACACUGCUACAGAACCAGCUGAAGAGUAAGCCGCAGGAAAAAAACACAGCCAGCCUACUCUUAGUGAUGGAGAGCCUGCUGGAUAAUCCAAUGAAAGCCGUUCUGUACCUGAAGGAACUCACCACCAUCGUCCAGAACCAGCAGAGCCUGAUCCAGACGCAGCGCCAACGCAUCGACGAGCUCGAGCGAAAGGUGGAGGAUCUGAUCGGGGAGAACCGACAGCUGCGGGACCCCCAUCUCUACGUCCAGCAGCCCUCUCAGCAUCAUCAGCACCAUCAACACCACCAUCACCACCCGACGCACCGGAGCGUCAGUCCCCAAGCGCCGGCCCACCUCCAUCAGCACCCGGUGAGCGCCACCAAGACUGCGUCUCACCUCGGCCAGCAGCUGCCGCCGCCUCAGCAGCAGCCUGCUGCUCAGCAACAGCAAAUCCUCCAUCCUGCAGCCCAACCUCAGCAGCAGCAGCAUCCAACUCCUCCUGCGCCGUCUUCCCACCACCCUCAGCAGCUGCAGCUCGUCCCCACCUCGCCGCAGUCGCCCAAAGUGAAAGCCGGCUCCGAGUCCACCGAGGAGGACAAGAGGAGCGCCUGCUGCAAGUCUCUGGUUCCACAGACUCCAAGCACUCUGUGUCGCUCCGUUGGAUUGGCCAGGAAAGCAGACAACCAAACAGUUCUCCACCAGUUCUGCUGCCCUGCCCCGGAGGCUCCUGAGGCAGAGACUUCAACUGCCUGUGUCCCCAGCGAUGAACUUUCUCCGGACUCAUCUCUGGGAGAGGAAGGGAAGGGAGGUGAGGGUGAGCAGCAGGGUGAGGACCAGUCACAACCGGAACCAGAACCAGAACCACCACAACUACAGCCCCAACAGCUUGAGCAAAAUCCUGAGCCACAGACUCUGCUAUCACAACAUGAGCCUGAGCCAGAACCAGAGCCCCAGAAUGAACCAGAGGUGGAGCCAGAAGAGGAACCUCAAUCCAAACCUGAACCUGAGCCAUCAACAGAGCCUGAUCCCCAUCCUCAAGUUGAGUCCCUGAGCAAUGUUGUGCCACAGGAAGUUCCUGAAGCCUCUUCUCCUUGCAAUGAGGAGAAGAUGGUGGUCGAGACAGAGCUUCACAAGUCAGAAAUGGUCGCUGAGGCAGAGACGAUACUUGAUAAAGAUGAGGCGCAGGGUGAGAACUGUGAGGGCAAGGCAACGCAGGGAGAAGACAAUGAAGAAGAGGGAGGAACAAAAGCAGGUGGUACAGGCAGAAGGGCCAGUCUACACCACACAGCCUCGCCUCUGAGGGUGCAACGCAACGGGGCCGGCUCGCACUCUGCGUCCUCUGACUAUGAACUCUCGCUUGACCUCAAAAACAAGCAGAUCGAAAUGUUAGAGCACAAAUACGGCGGCCACCUCAUCUCGCGUCGUGCUGCCUGCAAGAUCCAGACUGCCUUCCGCCAGUACCAGCUCAGCAAAAAUUUUGAGAAAAUCCGCAACUCUCUCCUGGAGAGCCGGCUUCCACGGCGCAUCUCUCUGCAGAAAGUCCGCGUGCAAAACACCGAGGGUUUCUCUGCUGAACGGGCCCUGGCAGAAGGCUGCAACUUGGCAGGUAUUCCACUGGUGCGUUCGCCAUCUCUGCCAGCCUCAGUUGGCAGCACCUUGACCGACCUGGAGGACUCUUUCACGGAACAGGUCCAGUCACUUGCAAAGUCCAUUGAUGAUGCACUUAGCAACUGGAGCCUGAAGACCAUGUGUUCACUACAAGAAGGUGGUGCCUAUCAAUUCAGUGCUGACUCCUUUAAUGCAGCAACUGCUGCCUCUUCAGGUGUAGGAGCAAGUGGUGAAGGGGCCUGUGUGUCGCAAGCAACAGUUCAUCAAGGACCGGUUGAUCCAAGUGACUUGUCCAGAAGUGCAAGUAAACUGAUGAUGGCCUUUCGUGAUGUAACAGUGCAAAUCGACAGCCAGAACUUCAGAGUUUCAUCCUCAGUCAUGGAAUCAUCUUCAGUUACUCUGGGCAGCUGCAUCCAGCAGCAAGGGGUCUCCACCACUGUAACAACCACUUCUUCAUUAACAGACUCCACACCAGCCCCUGUCAUAGAUGAACCAUCAGAGGAACCUCCACCUCCUGAGGUCCCCACAGAACCAAUAGAUGCUCCACCACCACCUCAAGAGCCCCCACCACCCCCUAUAGAGACAGACAUAGAAGAAAGUGGGGAAGCUGAAUUUCCUGCCCCCCCUCCUAGUGAAGAGGAGUUUCCUGAUAAUACCCAACCUCCCAUCACUCCACUAGAUAGGAUGUCUACCAUUCAAAGCAUACAGGAAGUAGCUCCGCCACCUCCACCCCCGCCUCCACCAACAGAGUCCACUCAUGUCCCUCCACCACAGGAAACUAUGCUGCUAAGAAGCUCUCCAGUGGCGGAGCCCCUGGAUGUCAAGAGAUGUGGCUCAGAGAUGGCAGACAAUAGCUCAGAGCAGAUGAGCAGCAGCAGCACGUCAACAGAGGCGCGCUCGACAUCUGAGGCCUCAUCCAAAGAGGCGCUUCAAGCCAUGAUCCUCAGCCUUCCACGUUACCACUGUGAGAAUCCAGCUAGCUGUAAAUCUCCUACGCUGUCCACUGACGUCAUGCGAAAACGCCUGUACCGGAUUGGCCUCAACCUCUUCAAUCUAAAUCCGGACAAAGGCCUUCAGUUCCUGAUCUCCCGUGGUUUCAUCCCCGACACGCCCAUCGGCGUAGCCCACUUUCUGCUCCAGAGGAAGGGCCUUAGCCGACAAAUGAUAGGGGAAUUCCUGGGAAACAGCAAGAAGCCAUUUAACAGAGAUGUCUUGGACUGUGUGGUGGAUGAGAUGGACUUCUCAGGCAUGGAACUGGAUGAAGCACUGAGGAAGUUUCAGGCCCACAUUAGAGUCCAAGGAGAAGCUCAGAAGGUGGAACGUCUUAUUGAGGCCUUUAGCCAGAGGUACUGUAUGUGCAACCCUGAUGUGGUGCAGCAGUUUCACAAUCCAGACACCAUCUUCAUCCUGGCCUUUGCCAUCAUCCUCCUCAACACCGACAUGUACAGCCCUAACAUCAAACCAGAUCGCAAGAUGCUGUUGGAAGACUUCAUACGCAAUCUUCGAGGUGUCGAUGAUGGAGCAGAUAUUCCCAGGGACAUGGUGGUGGGCAUCUAUGAAAGAAUACAGCUGAGAGAGCUCCGUUCAAAUGAAGAUCAUGUCACCUAUGUCUCUAAAGUUGAACAGUCUAUAGUAGGCAUGAAAACGGUUCUCUCUGUCCCUCACAGAAGAUUAGUGUGCUGUAGUCGACUUUUUGAGGUAACAGACGUCAACAAGGCACAGAAACAGGCAGCACACCAGAGGGAAGUCUUCCUCUUCAAUGAUCUCAUCGUGAUUUUGAAGCUUUGUCCAAAGAAGAAGAGUUCUGCUGCCUAUACUUUCUGCAAAGCUUUGGGCCUACUUGGCAUGCAGUUCCAUCUCUUUGAAAAUGAAUACUAUCCUCAUGGCAUCACAAUCCUCUCCCCGUAUGGCUCAGACAAGAAGCAAAUACUUCACUUUUGUGCCCAAAGUGCUGAGGAGCUACUGAAGUUUGUGGAAGACCUGAAGGAAUCGAUUGCAGAGGUGUCAGAGAUGGAGCAGAUACGCAUUGAAUGGGAGCUGGAAAAGCAGCAAGGAGCCAAGGCACUCUCCGUUAAGAGUAAUGGGACAAAGCUAGAGCUGCUCAGCAAACAGGGCUCCCUGUCAGGAAACACAGAGAUAGAUGAAAGAAGCGGACACAAUGCAGUUGAGGUGUCAAUUCACAACAGGCUUCAGACGUACCAGCUCAGCAGCAGCAGUGUGGCUCGGAGCCCAGAGAGCGCGGCGCUUCUUAACAGCCGUGGGGAGCUGCUUUUCCAGCAGGGGUUAACACAGGGGCCGGUGCCUCCACCUCAGUACCCGCAGUUGCAUUCCGCGGCGAGUACCCCCGCCCACCAUCUCCCCAUUCAACUGCAGCACCAACCCGCCAUAAGUGUGGCCGACCUCCGGCCCGAGGCGCUCAUCCAGUGCCAGCAGAUUGUCAAAGUCAUCAUGCUUGACAGCAGCGGCCAUGGACGUGUGGAGGCCUUCCUCAGUCAUACGCCUACCCACCACCACCACUACCAGCAUCACCACCACAGCCACCACCAGCUGAGCCAGUCCGCAAUGUCCACCCCUGUUCGCUCACCAGAUGGCUCCUAUGGCAGUGAUGGGCACCAGCCCCCACUGCCUCCUCCACCUCCACCUUACAACCACCCACACCAAUAUAUACCACCAGACCCUCGCCUCAGUCUACACCGGACCCCUAGUGGCUCUCGGAGCAUGGUGUAAAUUAAUAGACAUAAAACUCAACAUAAACCUUCCUUCUGUGUUUGUACAUAAUGUACAGAUUCUAAAUAAAUACAGAGGAAAAAGCUAUAAUGAAGAAAAAGAAAAUAAAACCUCACUUAUAUGCAUAUAUCUAAAGAAAAUAUUAAAAUAAUAAACAUUUUGAAUCAGACUA